AUGUCGGAAGAAAAUAACAACCUACAUCUUUCUGAGCAAUUGGACGACGGGGAGGACGAUGAGUUGUCUAUGGUGGAUGUUCUCAAUGAACAGGCUCGACUUCAAGCCGAUGCAGACGCUGUUCUUGGUGGUAGCGAUGCAAAUCACUGCACUUACCCCCAGGGUCGUAUCAAGCGACAGGCUCUGUAUGCAUGCGCCACCUGCACCCCAGAGGGCAAUGCGGGGAUCUGUUUAGCGUGUAGCUACGCAUGCCAUGAAGGUCAUGAACUGUACGAGCUGUACACAAAAAGAUACUUCACCUGUGAUUGUGGAAAUGACAAGUUUGGGGGCAAGGAAUGCAAGCUGUUCAAGGAAACCAAAGGUUUAAACGCAGACAACUACUACAAUCAGAACUUCAGAGGUCUUUAUUGCUCAUGUGCCAGACCAUACCCGGAUCCUGAGGAUUCAUGCAUCAUGUGUGAAGACUGGUAUCAUGGAAGGCAUUUGAAAGCCACGGCCCCAGAAGACUUCCAUGAAAUGAUCUGUUCGGGCUGUAUGUCUAAAUAUGCAUUCCUUUGGGCUUACAAUACAUCCAGACCAGUCAAGUUAGAGGCGGUGCAGAAACAAGAAGAAAUAAGCCAAGAAAAAGAAGAGACAGUGGACACCUCAGCAAAAGAAGAAACAAUUUCUACAGAUUCAGCAGCAUUUUGGCCAGAGGGUUGGAGAUCAAGACUCUGUCAGUGUAAAGAUUGUUUGCAAAUGUACAAAGAGAAAGGUAUAGAGUUUCUCACUGACGAGUCGGACACAGUUCGUGCAUAUGAAGAAAAAGGUCGAGACUCUACCACAAAUAUGUCGGAUGAAGAUUCGACAGCAACAGCUCUUGCUGGGAUGAACCGAGUUCAGCAAAUUGAGGUUGUGCGAGGUUUUAUGGAUCUUAAGACAGAGCUGAAUGGGUUUCUUCAUGGCUUUGCACAAAAUGGCAAGGUUGUCACAGAAACAGACAUUAGAGAAUUCUUCCAAAGAAUGGACCAGCGCAGAAAAGAACGAAUGCCUGUCUCUCAAUACAAUUGCCGAUGA